AUGAAGGUGGGCUGCUGGUUUACCAACUGGGCACAGCACAGGUCGGAUCUAGCUGCCAAAUUCCUUCCGGAGGACAUUGACGUCAACCUGUGCACUCACAUCUACUACGCCUUUGCCAAGGUGGACAGAGGGACAAAUGGGGAAUUCACGGUCAAGCCUUACGAAGGCAAUGACUUUGAGCUGUACUCCCGAGUGAUAGGUCUGAAACAUUACAAGCCAACUCUUAAGGUCCUCCUGGCAGUCGGAGGCUGGACGCACGGUACGGCCGCCUUCAACGAGAUGUCGGCCACCGCGGUGACCAGGGGUCAGUUCUUGAGGAACACCAUCGCUUAUUUGAGGCUACACGGGUUUGACGGUCUGGAUUACGACUGGGAAUAUCCUGGAGUGGCCUGGCGAGGCAGUGGACCCGAGACCAAGCAGCAGUUUUCGGACCUGGUCAAGGAAACUCGAUUGACAUUCGAAAAAGAUGCUACCGACACUGGAAAAGAGCGUUUGCUGGCAACAGCCUCCGUGGGAGUCAGUAGUUAUAUUGUUGAAGCAGGCUACGACAUUCCUACCAUGAAUACGUAUCUUGACUGGACUAACCUGAUGAGCUACGACUUACAUGGCUCCUGGGAAGCGUUCCUUGGCCACCACACGGCGCUGUAUGCGAGGUCGGAUGAAGAUUCUACGCAGGCGCAGAUAAAUGUGGUUCAUUCAAAUGAAAAAGAUACUGAGUUUCAGUCCUCAGUGAAUCGUACAUGUGUAUGA